AUGUCCGAAGGUGGGGAAGGUUACGUAGUGAAGGUCCGGGGACUGCCGUGGUCCUGCGCCGCCGAUGAGAUCGAAUCAUUCUUCUCAGAAUCGAAAAUCUUAAAUGGUACCCAUGGCAUUCACUUCAUCUACACCAGAGAGGGAAGGCCGAGUGGAGAAGCCUUUGUGGAGUAUGAAACCGAGGAUGACAUCAACCUAGCCCUGAAAAAAGACCGGGAGACUAUGGGCCAUAGAUAUGUGGAGGUUUUCAAGUCUAAUAAUGUUGAAAUGGACUGGGUUUUGAAACAUACUGGUCCUAACAGCCCUGACACUGCAAAUGAUGGCUUUGUUCGUUUAAGAGGUCUUCCUUUUGGCUGUAGUAAAGAAGAAAUUGUGCAGUUCUUUUCAGGGUUGGAAAUCGUGCCAAAUGGGAUAACAUUGCCGGUGGACUUCCAGGGGAGGAGUACGGGGGAGGCCUUCGUGCAGUUUGCUUCACAGGAAAUAGCUGAAAAGGCUCUAAAGAAACACAAGGAGAGAAUAGGGCACAGGUACAUUGAGAUUUUUAAGAGUAGUAGAGCGGAGGUUCGUACACACUAUGAUCCUCCGAGGAAGCUCUUUGGCAUGCAACGCCCAGGACCUUAUGACAGACCAGGGGUUGGGAGAGGCUACAGCACGAUGGGGAGAGGAUUUGAUCGCAUGAGGCGUGGAGCCUAUGGAGGUGGGUAUGGUGGAUAUGAGGAGUACAAUGGAUAUAAUGAAUAUGGUUUUGGUACAGAACAAAGAUUUGGAAGAGGUAUGGAUGGUUUUCUCUCAACAGUGUCUGACCAUAGGUAUGGAGAUGGUUCUAAUUUUCAAAGUACAACAGGUCACUGUGUUCAUAUGAGAGGCCUUCCUUACAGGGCAACAGAGACAGACAUCUAUACUUUCUUCUCUCCUUUGAAUCCUGUAAGAGUUCACAUUGAAAUUGGGGCAGAUGGCAGAGUCACUGGAGAAGCAGAUGUUGAAUUUGCAACACAUGAGGAUGCAGUAGCAGCCAUGUCUAAAGACAAAGCCAAUAUGCAACACAGAUAUGUUGAGUUGUUCCUUAAUUCAACGGCUGGUGGAUCUGGUGGUGCAUAUGGUGGACAGAUGAUGAGUGGACUUGGUAUAACAGGUACACAGUCAAAUUAUGGCAGCCCUGGAUCCCAGGCUUUGAGUGGCAGCUAUGGUGCAGGAUAUGGAAAUCAAGCUGGUUUAAGUGGUUAUGGUAAAUAUUACUCUUUUGACUUUUUAAUGACACUUUAG